AUGAGAAUGCUUGCAUAUAAACUAUUAUUGCUGCUUACUAUUGAACACCUCCUAUCCCUUCAUCUUUCUUCUUCUUCUUCCCCUAUUCCCAAUACUACAAACACAAAUCCAUUUUUGCCUGCAAAUAAUUUGCAAGUAAGAAAUGAAGUAGGUGCUCUUUUAACUUGGAAGUCCAGUCUUGAUAGCAAAAGCCAAAAAGUGCUUUCAUCGUGGGUUGGUAAUAAUUCAUGCAAAUGGAUUGGAGUUACUUGUAAUAGAGAUGGGAGUGUUACAAGUAUGAAUCUUUCUGGUUACGGUUUAAAAGGUCGCAUUCCUCAAGAAAUUGGUUUAUUGACGUCCCUUAUUAGUUUGGAUAUGAGUUCUAAUAAUCUCAUUGGUCAAAUCCCUACUUCAAUUGGAAAUUUGAAAAAUUUAAAGAUGUUGGAUCUCAAUAAAAAUGGGCUCUCUGGUAGCAUUCCUGCUACCAUUGGAAAUUUGUCGAAUUUGAGGUAUUUGUCCUUAUUUUCUAAUAACCUAACUGGUCAAAUUCCUAUCUCUUUAGGAGGUCCUUUACCAGAGAAUUUAUGCCUUGGGAAGUCACUAACAUAUUUCUCAGUAGUGUACAACAACUUUAGUGGAAACAUUCCCAAAGGCAUAAAAAACUGCACAACCCUUCACAGAGUUAGGCUUGAAUAUAACAAACUCUCCGGAGACAUAUCCGAAGAUUUUGGAAUAUAUCCAAACCUAAAUUACAUUGAUUUGAGUUCGAAUAACUUCCAUGGCCAACUAUCUUCAAACUGGGGUCUUUGUUCAGAGCUCGUAGCUUUGAAGAUUUCUAGAAAUAGAAUUUCUGGGAAAAUCCCACCUGAACUUGCAAAUGCAUCCCAUCUAGAAUUUCUUGAUCUCUCCUCCAAUCGACUUGUUGGUAACAUUCCAAAGAGUUUUAGUACUCUACAUUCCUUGGGUGUUUUAAAGUUGGAUGGCAACAACUUGUCCGGCAACAUAACAUUAGGAAUUGGGGAACUGUCUUUGCUCACAGAAUUGAACUUGGCUGCAAAUAGGUUUAUUGGUUUCAUUCCAGAGGGCUUAAGAAGUUGCCAAAAGUUAACUAUCUUGAAUUUCAGUCAAAAUAUGUUUGAUGGUAGGAUUCCUUAUGAUAUAGGAAGCUUGCAGUUCCUACAAACUCUAGAUCUCAGUCAAAACAUGCUAACCGGCAAGCUACCACAACAGUUUGGAGGAUUAAUAUCCUUACAAAGCCUGAAUGUUUCACACAAUAAGUUGUCAGGCUCCAUCCCAUCAAGCAUGGCUCAAUGCUUAGGUUUGGUUUCCAUUGAUGUAUCCUAUAAUGAGUUGGAAGGAACGCUCCCAGACAACAAAGCAUUUGAAAAUGCUACAUUUGAAUCCUUAAGAAACAACAAAGGUUUGUGUGGCAACAUUGCUGGUUUGAAGCCAUGUUCUUCUGGAUCUCCUGAAAAGAAGACAGAUCAAGGUCACAAAACAACAACUUUGGUCUUAAUCAUAGUGAUACCGAUUGGAGUUGUUGGUGUUGUUGGGAUGGUUGUUGUCAUAUGGUUGAUUCCACUAAGAAGGUGCAUCAAAGAAAUGCCAAGGGCAUCCAGAGAAAAUUUGUUCACAAUAUUGAACUUUGAUGGGAAUAUUGCAUAUGAAAGCAUAGUAGAAGCAACAGACAACUUUGAUUCAAGAUACUGCAUUGGAGUGGGAGGAUCGGGAAGUGUAUUUCGAGCUGAGUUAUCCAAUGGUGAGGUUUUUGCUGUAAAAAAGUUAAAUGAAUCCAUACAAGGAGAUGAGUCUCGGGACUUCAAAAGUUUUUCAAAUGAGAUUCGUACUUUAAGUGAGGUGAGGCAUCGGAAUGUUGUUAGGUUGUAUGGUUUUUGCUCUCAUGUGCGACAUUCGUUCCUAGUUUAUGAGUACCUAAAAGGUGGAAGCCUAGCGCAAGUAUUGAGCCAUGAUGAAAAAUCAAUAGAAUUGGAUUGGAUUAAGCGGGUGAAUGUUGUUAAAGCUGUGGCGAAAACAUUAUCAUACAUGCACCAUGGUAGUUUCCCUACCAUUGUUCACCGAGACAUAUCCAGCAAGAAUAUUCUUUUUGACCAUGAAUAUGAGGCUCAUAUAUCUGAUUUUGGCACGGCUAGACUCUUGAAUUCCAAUUCAUCGAAUUGGACUUCGUUUGCUGGAACAUUUGGCUAUACUGCUCCAGAGUUUGCUUACACAAUGGAGGUGAAUGAAAAGUGUGAUGUGUUCAGUUUUGGAGUGAUAGCUUUAGAAGUGAUUAUGGGACGACAUCCAGGUGACCUUGUUGCAUCCAUUUCAUCAUCUUCGUUGUCUGAAACCCAAAACCUUGUUUUGAAAGAGGUGUUGGACCCUCGACCUUCAAGUCCUGGGAAGCAUGAAGCGGAAGAAUUGGUGUUGAUUGCAAAGAUAGCAUUUUCAUGUCUGAAUUUCAAUCCAGGAUCUCGACCAACCAUGUUCCAAGUUUCUGCAUUGCUGUCCAAGAAAAUGCAGCCUUCGGACUUGUUCCCUUAUAUCACGCUUUGCCAAUUGUUUGGUCUUGAAUUUCCCACUCACUGAGUACAACAUUAAUCUUAAUUUGCAUACUAUGUCUGUGUGUGUGUAUAUAUAAUCAAGAAAAUUGCUAAGUACUAUGAAAUGGAAAGAUGUUUUCUAUUUGUUCGUCAAAUUUAUUGAAGGUGAAUGUUCCAGUUGCA